AUGUCAGACAGUGACCUGGGUGAGGACGAAGGCCUCCUCUCCCUGACAGGCAAGAGGAAGCGCAGAGGGAACCUGCCCAAGGAGUCCGUGAAGAUCCUCCGCGACUGGCUGUACCUGCACCGCUACAACGCCUACCCCUCUGAGCAGGAGAAGCUGAGCCUCUCCGGACAAACCAACCUGUCUGUGCUGCAGAUAUGUAACUGGUUCAUCAACGCUCGGCGGCGGCUUCUCCCAGACAUGCUUCGGAAGGAUGGCCAAGAUCCCAACCAAUACACCAUUUCCCGCCGAGGCGGCAAGGCUUCAGAUGUGGCCCUCCCCCGUGGUAGCAGCCCCUCGCUGCUGGCUGUGUCUGUACCAGCCCCCGCCAAUGUGCUCUCCUUGUCUGUGUGCUCCAUGCCACGCCACCCAGGCCAGGGGGAAAAGCCAGCGGCUCCCUUCCCACAAGGGGAGCUGGAACCCCCCAAAUCCCUGGUGACCUCUGGCAACACUCUCUCACUGGUGACCAGGGUUGAAGCCGGAAGCCCCACCGGUGGACUCUUCAACACACCACCACCCACACCCCCCGAGCAGGAAAAGGAGGACUUCAGCAGCUUCCGGCUCCUGGUGGAGGUGGCACUACAGAGGGCUGCUGAGAUGGAGCUUCAGAAGCAGCAGGACCUGUCGCUGCCGUUACUGCACACUCCCAUCCCCUUUGUCUCUGAAAACCCCAAGUAG